AUGAACGGGGUAUUAACACUAAGUGUAGAAAACCAAUGUGAUGAUAAAACCUGUAGCUGUGUAAAAUCUUCUCCGGAUCCUGGAAUUAUUGCUGAAAAGAAGCCAAACACUCCGGUAACAGGAUUUACCAAAUGCACGCACCAUCUUAAAAGCGGAGGAACCUUUACUCUAAGUGGAAUUCUUAACAAUGGAAACCAGAUAAGAAGAGGAGGAACAAUAAGAAACUCCAUAGAUGGUGUUGAGAGCGUUUCUGUUUACUAUUGGAAUGGAAAUGACAAAGAACCUAUCCUACUUGGAGUUACCACUGGGGGUGGAAGUGGUACAACUACACGUUACUGUAGAAUUAAAGGUAACACACUUUGGGGCAACGGUCAGGUUGAAGGUCUAACUGAGUUAGAGGCUCUAGAUCAACAGAAUUGUCACAAUAAUAAUGCUGUUGUAUUUAACCUACAGAAUCCUACUAAUCCAUCUAUGUUCUAUCACACUGGCAACGUAUCUUAUUGUACAAGAGUAACCAGAAAUAUCACAGAAUCGACGCUUGGACAAGGAUCAACGCCCCCUGGAAGUGAUUAUACCACAAGACUUUACACCAUUAAAGAUGGUGAUCUUAACACAAAAGUUUCCAGAGUUACUUACAACGGUGAACCUACUGAUAUACCUCCUAUUAAUUUUCCGGUCGAUAUGAUAGCACUCUACUCGUAUCCAAGUGCUAUAAACGUGCCUUUAAUGCUUGAGUUUAAAUCAACAAGCAAUGGAACAUCUAGAUGGUUUUAUAGCACGAACCUCAAUGGUACAAAAUGGCUAGAAACUAGUGGUAAUAGUUUCUAUGACUCAUCAGGUACUAUUCCUCAAUCUUCUCUUUCAGAAAAGCUGGAUGAAGUGUUAUGUUCUCAGUAUAGCAAUGUUACCAUAAAUCUUACCAGGACUCACUCUGAGCAAUAUGCCAAGUAUGUUGACACUGGAAAUGAUAGCAAGUAUUGUUGUGGUACUCAUAAAGGCACUGGUAGAAUCUCUAUAAUAUCUGGAGAAAUAAAAGUAAACAGUAUUAAUAAGACUACUUCAUUCUUCAAACAUUCCAUUUCUAGUGGAAACCUUGCUGGUAUCUAUUACAACGGUGGCAAUGGCUCAAGGAAGAGGAAGAAUAUAAAAUUACACGGAUCACAAUUUCCAAUCUCUGUAAAAGCUGUCUACGCUUUUUACUGUGGAGAAGAUGGACCUUCACUCAUUCACGUUGACAGCACUAAUAGUAUGGCCAGAGGUUGGUACAAGAAAGAAGUAGGUACCGAGAUCUGGAGAUGGAAUUCUACACUAAGUGUUAUAAAUUCUGAUGACAUAGAUAAUGGACUUACUUGUGCGAAGUGGAAAAGGCUAAAAAUAGUACUCACAGGAUGUAAUUGUGGUAGUUUACAAGAUUGCUCUGAUAAUUCUGGGACGCGCGAUUCCGAGGAAAAACAGCUUCAACAACAGGAGGAAGAAGAAAUAAGGAAACGAGAAGGGGGUACUACUGCUCUUCCUGCAGGUGCUCCUGGAACCCCGUCAGGUACUAAUGUAGGUAGUGGUAGCAGUAGAUCUGGAUCUUCUAGUAUUAGUUAUAGUCAAUCCUCAUCUCAACCUCCACCUGAAGUAACUAUAGACAUUAAUAACAGAUCGGCAAUCGGACAGUCUAUUUAUGGAGGUAACUCUUCGAAUGUAUACGUAACUCCAAAUUCUACUACUCUCGAUGGUUUCACUGAGUCUACCCAUAAGGCAUAUGGUAGAGAAGGCAAUUAUUUCGCUGUUAAAGAGUUCAAAUAUAAGAAUAAGAUUGUAGAAGGAUUAAAAGGACCUAUGAGUAAAGUUAGUAGUGUCUCAGUAUUCUACUGGACCCAUCUAGAGACUGAGAAACAUAAGGAAAGAAAUAGACCUUUACUGGUAAAAGUUACUCAGCAGAAUCCUACCGGAGGAAUAGUUAAUGAGAUGCACUAUGAGAACAUUAGUACUAAGCCUGAUGAGAAUACUCAGUGGAAGUUGUGGAAAGGAUUUCCUCCAAAACAGGAUGAGCUAAGAGAAAGGCUGACUCUCCUGAAUUGUGAUAUAAACCACGUUGUAAGUAUAAAGGUCAAUCAGACUAAAGGAUUUUAUUGUGGUCAUCUUAAUAGUCAUAAUCCUGGAAGAGUCAAUGUUGAGGGGGUGGAUGAAGGUAGUCUCGGAAACUACAGAGCCUUUGAACACAAACCAACCUCAGGGAGUACAUUCCAUAUAUCUAGAUUCACUAGGGGAACUGCCCCUAUAGCACUUGAUGGUCUGCCUACAUCUGUUCUAGAUGUUAAAAAGGUUCUUGUCUACUUCUGUGGUAGGAGUCCCCUCUUGCUUUACAUAGACUCUAAUGACCCCAAGAAUGCUAAGCAAAAGUGGUUUAAGAAGCCAGAUAAUGGUACUAUUUGGGAGUCAACUAAAGGUUUAGAUGGUAAAGAUGAAAAGAGUUAUACAGACAUAGUAGGAAUUCUUGACGGAUUAAGGAGUAGUUGCGCUCCACCAUCUGCAAUUAUAGACAUUUAUAAGAGAGGGACUUCUACAAAAAUAUUUUAUUCACAUGAUAGUGGGUCUAAUAGGGUUCUUGUAACAGGCGUUAGGGACAGUCCUUAUGGUUUUACUGAGUAUCAGCAUACUAUUUCUGGAAGGACUACCUUUAGUAUCAAGGCUUUCCAACAUAAUGGAAGAUCUAUUGUAAGUGAUUUUAGUGAAAAUAUGAGUAAAGUUACUCGGGUUUGUGUCUUCUAUUGGACCCCUCUGGAGACUACGGUAUAUAGGGACAAGGGUAGACCCCUUCUUUUCAAGGUUGUUACUCAAACCCCUGGUAGACCCACUAUAGAAAUUUAUUAUGAAAAUAAUGGUGAUACGGAUAAUCUGAAGUGGAAGCCCUGGAAUAAUGGAGUCCAGGAUCUGAGCAAGAAACUUCACCUCCUUAACUGCAAACUAAACAACGCAGUGAUCGUAGACGUUAGUCAGAAGUCGGAUAGUGGAAUUUCGAACUAUGAUGCUUGUGAAACAACUGAUAAUGAUAAUCUGGAUAAUUAUCACGGUGAAAGAAUGCAAGUUUCUGAAGAUUCAUCUACUUCUAGUCUUGGAGACUACAAGGUCUAUAAGCACAUUCUAAACAAUGGUGAUAGAAGAAAUUUUCACAUAGUAAAUUUCCAUAAUAAUGGAGUAAAUAUAAACAAAGUAGGAUCUCUACCCAUUCUGGAUGUUGAAGAAGUUAAAGUCUACUUUUGUUCUCUAGAUAAGAAGCCUCUACUCUUGUACUACAAGGUUGGUGAAAGUCAUAACUGGUACAAGAAUGAGAAUCCUAGCAGUACCACUGGAUUGUGGGUAUCUGCAGCAUCCAAAUUAUCCAAUACUGGAUCCACCGACUACAGAGCAAUCAUCUGGGUACUUAACACUAUUAAUAGUCCCUGUGCUCCCAAAGAACCUACUCCUGCUGCUCGAGGCCUUGAUACUGGUCGUGAACUUACUACUGAUUCUCAAACUGAACCUACUGAAGUUCUCUCUACUGCUAAAGAAUCUGAAUCUCCUCCUCCUAAAGCUGAAGCUCGUGCUGAAGCCCGUUCUCCUGCUGCUGGAACUCCUCAAACCUCUACAUUUUGGGAAUCUUAUGACAAAUCUAUCCCUACUGUCCUGACUGGAGUUGGUGUUGUAUCUGGUUCUCUUACUGGAUUUGGUUGGUGGGCAUUUAAACGUUCUAGAGGAGAUCCUUGGGUUAGACAGAUUUGA